GGCUUCAGUCGAGCACGCGGCCAUUCACAGAUUCUCUGAAUGAGCCGGUGCGCGUCUCCGCUGCGCACGCUCCCCGCUCUGCCUGGAUCCAUACCGGUCCUCUUUUUAAUCCGGAUUAACCGAAGCGGAGCGGGAGGAGAAGCCGAGUCGGUGCGAGACGAUGCUGAGGAGGUGUCAAAGUGAUGAGCGAGGAUGCUGAAGCUGCUGAAGCCGCCGGAGAGCCCGCUUUGUUCGGAGGAGCUCCGGGCUUCUGCGCCGCGGUCAUCCCGCAGCUCAUCCCCUGCUGCUUUGUCUUCAGCCGGCCCCGCGGAACCGAGCGUGACCAGCAGCGUGGUUCGUCAGUGUUGGACUGGAACCAGCAGCAGCGGCGGGAGGUUUGCACCAUGAGUCUCUACGGGUCCGGCUCCAGUGGGGGUGCUGCCGGCGGAGCCAGAGAACGAGGAGGAGUGGAACACUACCGGGAACAACGCCGACGCUCCAGCGACCGCUCACGUGACUCGUCCCACGAGAGAGGAGAGGGUCAGCUGACGCCCUGCAUCAGGAACGUGACCUCGCCCACACGGCAGCACGACCGAGAACGCGGUGACGGAGGCUCCUCCUCCAGAUCCUCCAGUCCCCGCCCCCCCAGGGUCUCUCUUCCCUAUUCCCACAUGGGAGGAGCUCUAAUCGGGGGACAGAUACCUCGGCCUAUGGGCCUCCCCGGAGUCGACCUCCACUCCAAGUCCCUGGGCGACAUGAUCUACGUGUAUGACCUCAGCAGCAAGGAGGGGCCACGUGGGGGCCUGAGGCUCGGAGAACGAGUGACGCUCAUUGUGGACAACACACGAUUCGUGGUGGAUCCGGCCAUCUUCACAGCUCAGCCCAACACCAUGCUGGGCAGGAUGUUCGGUUCUGGGCGGGAAAACAAUUUCACACGGCCCAAUGAGAAGGGAGAGUUUGAGGUGGCCGACGGCAUCAGCUCCACCGUGUUCAGAGCAAUCCUGGAUUACUACAAGUCGGGGAUAAUCCGCUGUCCUGAUGGAGUUUCCAUUCCCGAGCUGCGGGAGGCAUGUGACUACCUCUGCAUUUCCUUCAGCUACAGCACCAUCAAGUGCCGAGACCUCAGCGCCCUGAUGCACGAGCUGUCUAACGACGGGGCGCGGCAUCAGUUCGAGUGCUACCUGGAGGAGAUGGUGCUGCCGCUGAUGGUGGCGAGCGCUCAGAGCGGAGAGAGGGAGUGUCACGUGGUGGUGCUGACGGACGACGACGUGGUGGACUGGGACGAGGAGUACCCCCCCCAGAUGGGGGAGGAGUACUCGCAGAUCAUCUACAGCACAAAGCUCUAUCGCUUCUUCAAAUACAUCGAGAACAGAGACGUCGCCAAAUCGGUGCUGAAAGACCGAGGACUGAAGAAGAUCCGUCUGGGCAUCGAAGGAUAUCCGACCUACAAGGAGAAGGUGAAGCGGCGUCCCGGAGGUCGUCCAGAGGUCAUCUACAACUACGUCCAGCGUCCCUUCAUCCGCAUGUCCUGGGAGAAGGAGGAGGGGAAGAGCCGCCACGUGGACUUCCAGUGCGUCAAGUCCAAGUCCACCACCAACCUGGCCGCUGCCGCCGCGGACAUUCCCCAGGACCAGCUGGUGGAGCUGCCCCCCCCGGGGCCGCAGGUGGACGAGCUGGACACGCUGCCGCCGCCGGCCGCCAACGACCCCCACAACGCCCCCCCCCAGCCAGCGCAGGCCCUGGAGGGCCCGAACCAGCAGAACCAGGACAGUCCGAGCCCGGCAGCGCUCAGCCUGGCCCACGGGAACCAGCAGCACGGCAGCAGCUACACUCAGGCCCGGUACCACUACGAGCCCGACCCCGACUCCCCGUCGCCCUCUGCAUGACGAGGCUGCUCCCCCCCCGACCCUCCGCUCCCCGGUUCACUCGGUCUCCAACUUAGUGAAACUAGUGUUUCACCUGGUUUCACUAAGUUUAGAUUCAUGGCGACAGAAACAGGAAACACAGCACACGCCUGGAGACACGUCUGGAGACACGUCUGGAGACACGUCUGGAGACGAGCGUCUUCGUCUCUCGGCUCCGAGCUGAACCUCUUGUUGUUUUCAGCGCGAACACAAACGUCCCUGCUCCACCUCCUCACGUUUACACUCUCUCCUCCCCCCCUCCGAGUGGAAACACCACUUUGCCUUCUGUCGCAGCCUUGUCUCACGCACAGCGUCCGAAUGAACGAGGACGGAUAGAAGCACAUCAGCAGCCGCCUCGCGUCAUUCAGUUCGAUUCCUCUGAGCGGAGGAGUCUCUUUCUGUUCACAUGUUCAAAGACAGAGUACUGUAUUUCAUUUCAGUGGACUGUGUGUGUGUGUGUGUGUGUGUGUGUGUGUGUGUGUGUGUGUAACGGUUUCUUUAUAAAGAGUUUUUUAUGGAUGCAGAUUUUUCUGACGUUUAACUCCAUCUGUUGUUUACAACUGAAUUUGGUUGAUACUUUUUCCACUUAUUUAAUUUUGUUAUGAAUUUUGUUCCACUCGUGUUUGAGUGGCUGCUCUGUAAACUCUGCACAGGUUCAUCAGCGCUGCUGUGAGCUCACAGGAUGUCAGAAAACACAACGUUUUUCUAAUAAAGAGAAUUCACAACAAC